UCCUGUAACGGGAGGGAGGGCAGGGAGAGCGCAGCAGCCGAGCGAAGAGUACAAAGAAAGAGAGGAGUUUAACUCCGCCUCCGGCCUCAAACAGCUCACAUUCCUAAUUCACAGCCUUCCAGAUUAGAAAGAGCGAAAGAGUGGAGAAGAGGGCACGGGAGAAGGGGAAUAUAAUGACCAUGGCAUUGCACAGAACGUCUCAGCUCACGAAAACCGAACACCGCACACCUCUGACGACGAUUUGGGCAUGGAUCACGCGCGCGAUAUUCAUAGUACUGAUGAAUGACGCUUCACCUGGUUUGGGGACAAAAUGAGGGUUAUCUACAUCCUGAACGCCGGUUUCGUUGCUGCUUUCUCGGGAGGCGAUGACCAUGAAGGUUUUUCCUUUUAUUUUUGACUUCAUAAUAUAGGCAGCAUAGUAUAAUAGAGUAUAUACACCGCCCUGCAGAAUUUAGGUAGAGCAUGCGAACAUGUCGUUACACGGUUAUAGAAAAAUAGUUGCUACGAAAUUAAAUCUAACCGAGAAAUAUUUUUGACAUUUUCGUGUAUUUGAAUUAGACUAGACAUCUGCAUUUUGUGCGUUGUAUUGAAGCGGGGAUGCAUUUUGUGAAGACGAAAGUGGAGAUAGAAACAAACCUGCGAUAUUUUUAAGGCUGAACCCCUAAUUAAUCAUUAACCAUUAAUCACUGUUAUGUAUUGAUAUAAAGACUAGCAGAAAUACUUAGUAUCGUCCUUCAAGGAAGGAUAGCCAAUCAGGAUCGGCCGUUUCCUACCUUUUUGAACUACAUGCGGGAACCAAGAGUAAUGUGCUGAGUAUGUUUAGAGUUGUGAUACUCAAAGCGACAUCAAUAUGAGAAUGAAACAGGCCUGAUAUAAUUAUGCAUUGACAAUCUGAUAUUGAACUUAUAUAUUUCUAUUUACGCAUUGGUCAUUUUAUUUAUUUAUUUAUUUCGGUCAUUAUUAUUAUUAUUAUUAUUAUUAUUAAAACGGAACGUGGGGGAUCGUCAGGGUUGCGUUGCUUCCACUGAGAUGGAAACUGAAUUUUUAUCACCCCACGGGCUGUCCCCUUCUGGGGGCGAACCAGUUAAGAGCUCUCCAGCGAAGUCCUGGGGAGACCCACGGUCUCCGCUGUCCCCUCCCGAUCACUCAGCUGCGGACACACCGACAGCUGGCGAUGGCAGAAGGGUGUCCGGGGUCAAGAAGCACCACCACAAACACAACCUGAAACACCGCUACGAGCUGCUGGAGACCCUCGGGCGGGGGACGUACGGAAAAGUGAAGAAGGCCAUUGAAAGACACUCCGGAAGAGAGGUGGCCAUAAAGUCCAUCCGUAAGGAGAAGAUCAAGGACGAGCAGGACAUGGUGCACAUCCGCCGAGAGAUCGAGAUCAUGUCCUCCCUGCGGCACCCCCACAUCAUCUCCAUCUACGAAGUCUUCGAGAACAAGGACAAGAUCGUGAUUGUGAUGGAGUACGCCAGCAAGGGCGAGCUGUACGACUACAUCAGCGACCGCCGCAGGCUGAGCGAGAGGGAGACCCGCCGCUUCUUCCGGCAGAUCGUCUCCGCGGUGCACUACUGUCACAAGAACGGGGUGGUGCACAGGGAUUUGAAACUGGAAAACGUGCUACUGGAUGAAAACUGUAACAUUAAGAUUGCUGACUUUGGGCUUUCCAACCUCUACCACAAAGACAAGCUCCUGCAGACCUUCUGUGGCAGCCCGCUCUACGCGUCCCCAGAGAUCGUCAACGGGAGGCCCUACCAUGGCCCAGAGGUUGACAGCUGGGCGCUGGGAGUGCUGCUUUACACCCUCGUCUACGGGACCAUGCCUUUUGAUGGAGGAGACCACAAGAACCUCAUCCGCCAGAUCAGUAAUGGGGAGUACCGAGAGCCCACACAGUCAUCAGACGCUCGGGGCCUGAUCCGCUGGAUGCUGAUGGUGAACCCUGAGAGGCGCGCCACGGUGGAGGACAUCGCCAACCACUGGUGGGUGAACUGGGGCUGGAAGAGCAGCGUGUGCGACUGCGAGGCCCAGCGGGACGCCGGCUCCCCCAUGCUGGCCCGCCUCAUCGACUGGCAGAACCGCAGCGACCCCAAGGCUGUCAAAGCGGCCCGCCCCGAACCCGCGCCCCCCUUCUCCCGCCAGCGCCCCAAGAAGUCCAAGAAAGAGAAUGACGCGGGAGCGACCCACGGAGGUGCGGAGGAGAAGCCGGGGCUGAAGAGGCCCAAGGGCAUCCUGAAGACGCGGCCCUCUGGAGACCUGAGCCCCCACAGCCCGGGGGAGCAGGAGCCAGGGCCAGGCCUGCUCGUCCAGGAGGCCGACUCAGGAUCCAGCCCCGAGCGGGAGGAAGAGGAGCCGGCCUUAUCCGGAGGCUCACCUCCUAAAAUGGUUCCCACGCUCCCUAAGAAGGGCAUCCUGAAGAACAACCAGCAACGGGAAUCAGGGUAUUACUCCUCCCCUGAGCGCAGUGAGUCCUCCGAGCUGCUAGGGGGUGCCACUCUGCUCUCUCGCGCCAGUUCACCACCAAAGAGAGCAGCGGGCAGGAAGGGUAUCUUAAAGCGCCAUGGGAAGUACUCUACCCAUAGCGCCCUGCCGUCUGCAGCUGUGCUGGGAGAGCCGGGUGUCUCUGGUGACUCUGGCCUGUCCCGCAGCCAAAGCCGGCCCUCCAGCAUAGUAGCCGAGGACAGCGGCCUCUCCAGCACCUUCAGCGUGGCGGACUGGCCUCCCACUGCCCCCCGGCCCAACAUCAGGGGCUGCGUCUCGGCUGAGAACCUGCUCCAGCUGGCCAAUUUCAAGGGCCUCCAGGCAGCACCGCCCCUCCACAGGGGCAGGGUGAGCCGCGGGCGCCGGGGAUCCCCCGGAGACAACGGCAGCUUCUCCCUGCUGGGGGACCUGGAUGACAUGACUCAGGUGUACCAGCAGGCCCUGGACAUCAGCAGCAACCUGACCUAGAGGCGCAGAGAGCGGCGGGGGGCGGGUGGAGAGAUGCAUGAGGGUGUGUGUCACUAACGACCAGUACCGUGCAGGGAUGCAGCAUGCAGGAGGCUACUGUCUCCAGAAGGGGAGGAAAACCACCACACGCACAUAAACACACACACACACACACACACACACACACACACACACACACA